UCACUUCUGUAAGAAUCUCAGAUCGAUAAGGCGUAGUGUGACGCGACGUCGCGGGUGCCUCGAUCAUUCCCGUUUCCGGUUGCCGGCGCGAUCAGGAGAGCUUAAUACCCACGUUACCACGUUAACAAUUGUGCAAGUAUUGUGAAAGUAGGAAAAAUACGAACUCGAUGUGACAACCGCGUGGCAGACCGGCGCGGACGAGUUGUAUCGGCAACACGCGUGGCGUCGCAUCGUAACGGGACACGGGUGUCAAAAGUGAUCGUCUCGGGGAAGCUGAUUAGCGUCGCCGCCGACGUCUUCCCCGCGCCAUACCCUCAAUGACGGUCGCCCGCACAUGAUCGUGCAAAUCCGACGUGUGGAUUUUUACCGAACCGGUUCUCGCGCCUCCGGUUUGUGAGAGGCCGCGCGCGAACCGCACGGCUGUCGUGACGUUUGCGAAGGGCGACUCGUCCACGGCACGUGAGCAUCGUGGCAAAUUCGCUUCUACCCCAUUUUUUUAUAUGGAUCGCCGGCCUUGGAUACCGUUAAAGACAAAUUUUCCAGAUCUUUUUAAGAUCCCAAACGCGCAAAUGUCACUGUGUUUGAUUUGAAGAUUUGACGUCGAGUGGUUCAGAAGAGUGCUACCUCCGAUUGUCAAUAUGAAGUUCGUACAAAAAACGGCCAAAGACAAGUCUGGGACGAAAGCACCCCAUGCGUACCGACGACGACGUAAUACUCGGAACGUCACCGACAAUGAAUCGGAAGAGGAGAACACAUCGCCGCGAGUGUCUCCCAACGUGAGUCGCGCCAGCCGAUGCGCUACUACUUUACGUGAUUCAACUAAGACCAAACGUCGGGGUAACCUGCCAAAAGCAGCGGUAACGAUUCUAAAACAGUGGCUGUACGACAAUAGAUAUUGUGCCUAUCCGAGUGAAGAACAGAAAGUGAUGCUAAGUCGAUUGACAGAACUAUCUAAUCUUCAGGUUUGCAACUGGUUUAUAAACGCUAGGCGCCGUCUUCUACCUGCCAUCCUGCAAAAGGCAGGAGAUGAUCCUAUGAAGUAUAGAAUUUCGCGCCGUGCCCGUCGUCCGAAUUCUGGCAGUCCAAUUCGAGGGCGAAGAACGCCCCUUGGAGUAAUUGCGGAUACUUGUUGCUCUGUGAUACCAGCAGAAUGUAACAGUUUGUGUGAUUUGCCGCAGCCCUCAUAUAGAAAUGAUGAGAGUCCGAACAAUUACGACAGCAGUCCGAACAGCUACCAUGGCGAUAUGGAACACCCUACGAUAAGGUGGCCUAACGUAAUCGUUCACCAUUACAGUCUACCUCAAUUUGAGUUAAUAGACGGUGACGCUACCACUCAACUGUGUGAUCGACGAAGCCUCAACUCCAGAGAAUCUGAAUAUUGGAGCGCUCCACGUCAACAUCAGAUUCAGCAUGUAAUCACAUAUACCGGCCCACCAGAACAUCUAGAAAGAGCCUAUAUUCACGCGCAACAGGGUAACUCCCUCGGCAUGCUCGUAGAACUCGCUGUGGGUUUGAGUGAAGAUAUUUCGUCGCCGAAUACGCCGAAGUCUUCGUCAGUUUCUCCACAACCAGCGUCCCCGUCAUCCGAAACGUCUUCACCACGACAUUCUUCGUCUUCUACUCCAUCGAUAUCUUCGCCACCACCAUUGGAAAAUUUUUUAAAUUAAGGUGUUCGGUAUUGUAAUUAUUGUUAUCGUUGAUAAGAAAGAAACGAUAAUGAUAAGGCAACUCAGGCAAAAAAUUCCCUCCAAAAAAAUCAGCAAAUUAUAUUUUUUUAAAACUAUUGCAUUCAUAUAAAUUAUAUAAAUUCAUGUUCAUACAUAUUCAUAUAAAUUGUUAAAGCAAUUACCAUCCCAUAUUAUUUCUGUUAAAACUAGCAAAUUAUUACAUUUGUUAGAAAUUGUUACAUUUAUACAAAUCGCUAAACAAUAAUCAUAUCAUCUCACUCACACCAUUAAUAUCACGGAAUAACACUAAUUUAUCAAACAAUUACGAAUUUAUUUGAGUAAGUAAUAAUUUUUAAUUUUUGGGGGAGAACAUUUUUGUCUCGCUAUUUUUUUACAAUAAAAAUAGAAUUUUUAAUUAAUUAUUGAAUUAAUGAAGUUUUGGAGUAAAGGCUGAAGACAAGAAUUUCGAUUUUUGAAAUUCUUAGGUACCACAAUCAUUUAGAAUGAAACACUAAUAACUAUGAACAUGAUGUCAACGAGACGCGGUUGUACUAGUACUUUAUUUUAAUUUUGGUAUUCUGCUCAUAACAUUUAACAGUUUUUUUGUUCACAUUGUUCUUGAAUUUUAUUAUGUUUCAUGAACGUUUAAAUACAGCGUUGAGAUUUUUUUCUAUUGCCGUCGCGAUUCGCAUUUAGUUUUAAUAAACGCGCGCGAAAAAUAUUGUAUACAGGAUAUUGCAUUUUCUAAUAAAUCGUGUUCUCGU